GCCUCCAGUCCAAUGACAUAAAACUACUUAUUGCAUGGCAGUCAAUCUCAAGAGAGUCUCAAGUAAUUCUGUGUCAAGUCACAGUGUCUGCCAAUCCUGACGCACAGGUGCUGGACCAACCUGCCAAGAGCGGUUCAGUCAUUUCUGGAGGAAGACUCAAGCGUGUGUCACCAGCAAGCACCUUAAAAAAGUUCCAGGAUAGAUUUGAUCCGUGCAUCCAAAGCCUGAGGAACAAUGAGUACCAUGGCAACCGAGAUUGUUGCUUUUUUUCUGACUGUCUCCGGGUGGAUCCUGGUGUCAUCCACACUUCCUACCGACUACUGGAAGGUCUCCUCAGUGGACGGGACGGUCAUCACUACAGCUACCUUCUGGUCCAACCUGUGGAAAACAUGUGUGACCGAUUCCACGGGUGUGUCCAACUGCAAGGACUUUCCCUCCAUGCUGGCUCUGGAUGCUUACAUCCAAGUAUGUCGGGGCCUGAUGAUUGCGGCCGUGUGUCUGGGCUUCUUUGGUGCCAUACUUGCCCUGCUUGGAAUGAAGUGCACAAAAGUAGGAGGCUCAAAGACCACUAAAGCUCGCCUGGCAGUCUUUGCAGGAUUUCAAUACAUCCUCAGCGGCCUGUGCUGCAUGACUGCCUGCUCCAUAUAUGCUCACAGGAUCACUACAGACUUCUUCGACCCCCUUUUUGUUGCUCAGAAGUUUGAACUGGGAGCAGCUCUCUUCAUCGGCUGGUCUGGAUCUGUGCUAUGCAUCUUGGGAGGUUCAAUUUUCUGUCUCUCCCUGUCAACGGGCUCAAGCAUCAGGCAAGUUGACUGGUAA